CCGCUGUGGCAGUGGCGGUGGCCGCGGCCGGGACCGGGCGAGUUGGAGCGAGCGGCGGCGGCGGUACGGCUGCGGCGGCAGCAUGGCUUCGUCGCAGGGGAAGAACGAGCUGCUCUUCGCCGACUGGAUGGCGGCGCUGCCCGGCAGCCUCCACAGCGCCCCGCUCACCAACCUGGCCAUCCCCGGGUCUCAUGACUCUUUUAGCUUCUACAUUGAUGAAGCCUCUCCAGUUGGACCUGAACAGCCGGAGACGGUCCAGAAUUUUGUGUCAGUUUUUGGGACUGUGGCUAAAAAGCUGAUGAGAAAGUGGUUGGCUACACAGACCAUGAACUUCACCAGCCAGCUGGGGGCAGGUAUACGGUAUUUCGAUCUCAGAAUUUCCACCAAGCCCAGAGACCCAGACAAUGAACUCUACUUCGCUCAUGGUUUAUUCAGUGCCAAAGUCAAGGAAGGUCUGGAGGAGAUCAAUGCAUUUCUCACUGAGCACCCAAAAGAAGUGGUCUUCUUGGACUUCAAUCAUUUCUACGGGAUGCAGAAAUGCCAUCAUGAAAAGCUUGUCCAGAUGCUCAAAGACACAUACGGAAACAAAAUGUGUCCUGCUAUAUUUGCCCACGAAGUCAGCCUCCAGUACCUGUGGGAGAAAAAACACCAAGUGCUAGUGUUCUACCACAGUCCAGUGGCUGUCGAGGUAGCCUUUCUGUGGCCAGGCCAGAUGAUGCCAGCUCCCUGGGCAAACACAACAGAUACAGAGAAGUUGAUUCAGUUCCUGCAGGCAUCAAUAACUGAAAGAAGAAAGAAAGGCUCUUUUUUCAUAUCUCAAGUAGUGCUGACACCAAAGGCUAGUACGGUGGUGAAAGGGGUUGCAAGUGGUCUCAGAGAAACAAUCACAGAAAGGGCUCUUCCUGCAAUGAUGGAGUGGGUCCGAACUCAGAAAGCAGGAGAAAGUGGUGUGAAUAUUAUCACUGCAGAUUUUGUAGAACUUGGUGACUUUAUCAGCACAGUCAUAAAGCUCAACUAUUCUAUGGAUGAAGGUGAAGAUGACACUACUUGAUAGUACUGUGAUAUGUGUGUUGCAUUAUUCAGAAUUUGGAAAAAAAAAAUGGAUUGUAUUCUAAAAGGAUUAUAUUGUAAAACAUUCAUCUUCUCGUAACACACUAAGGAGUUUAGGGCUUCAGUGGGUGGGCAUAAGGGAAAUGUUUUCAUCAUUCAUGAUCAUUUUUCAUAUUUGUGUUUAAUGUGAAGAGCAAAACUAAACAUGUUUACAGUGUUUGAUAAAAGAAGGCCAUUUACAGGUUCUCCAUGAGGUACCAAAUGUGAUUCAUGUGUCUUCUGUGGUUAUGAACAGUGCCAAGAAAUUUGUUGUUUUCAAAGCAAGGGGAUGUAUAUACUGUCCUCUUCCUGCUCACAGCAGGAUUCCCAACGGUGUGAGCAUUGCACCAGGAGACUGAGGACAGUGUAUCUGGCACGAAAAUUUAAGCUGCUACAUUUCAUCUGUUAGGUGGUCCAACUGAUCAUAUUCAUCACUGAGCUGCAGGUUUAAAUGCCUUUGUGAUGUAAAUCCAAAGUCAUGCUUCCAAAACAUGCAUAAUCAGUGGACAGUAAAUGUAAUGUGUUAUGUACCAUAAUCAGUGGACAGUAAACGUGAUGUAUUGUGUAGCUUGCACAAAGCAUAGACAAAAUCCUGCUUGCUUUUUCAUUCUCAGAAUGGGGUUUUCCUACGUGUCUGCCGCAGGUCAAGCCAGCAAGUAUGUGAUACGGGCCUAACUCUGUAAUCACAGAAUGGCCUGGGCUGGAUCCUUAAAGAUCAUCUAGUUCCAACACCCUGGCCACCGGCAGGAUGCUUUUCACUAGACCAGGUUGCUCAGAGCUCCAUCCAGCCUGGCUUUACAUGCUUGCAGGCAUGAGGCAUCCACAACUUCUCUUGGCAACACAUUCUAGUGCCUCAUCACCCUCGCAGCAAAGAAUUUUUUCCUAAUAUCUAAUCUAAAUCUACCCUCAGUUUGAAGCCAUUCCCCCUUGUCUGUCACUGCAUGACCUUGUAAAAAGUCUCCUCCACCUUUCUUGUGUUCUCCCAUUGGGUACUGGAUGGCCCACAUUAGGUCAUCCCAAAGCCUUCUCUUCUCCAGACUUAACAAUCCCAAUUCUCUCAGCUUUUCCUCAUAGGAGAGGUUCUCCAUCCCUCUAAUCAACUUCCUGGCCUCCUCUGGACUUACUCCAAUGGGUCCUUGUCCUUUUUCUGCUGGGACCCCAGCUCUGGCUGCAGUGCUCCGGGUGGGUCUCAGCAGAGCAGAGCAGAGCAGAGCAGAGGGGCAGAAUCCCCUCCCUCCCCUGCUGCCCAUGGGGCUCUAGAUGCAGCCCAGGACACGUUUGGCUCUCUGGGCUGUGAGUGCCAUGGCCAGGGCAUGUCCAGCCUCUCACCCAGCAGCACCCUCAAGAUCUUCUGGGCAGGGGUGCUCUGGGUCUGUUCAUGCCCAGCCUGUGCUGAUACCGGGGGCUGCCUGUGCAUUUUUGUUAAACCAUAUGAAAUUCCCAUGGACCCACUUCUCAAGCUAGUCCAGGUCCCUCUGGAUGGCAUCCCAUUCUUGAGGUGUGUCAACAGCACCACUCAGCUCGGUGUUACCUGCAAAUUUGCUGAGGGUGCACUUGAUUCCUUCAUCUAUGUCAUUAAUGAAAAUAUCAAAUAACACUUGUCAUAAUAUGAACCUCUACGGGACAGCUGCUGGUACAUAUUUUCCCUGGAAAAACUGGUUCCAGCAGGAACACAGUUAGGCCAGCUUUGCACCAUUUCUUCCCAGGAUUAAUCUUAUGUAAGAGCCUGAUCCCAUAUCCAUUGGAUUGAAUAGGAAAACAUCUGUGUUUAGCAUGGAUUGAGCAUAAGGUAAGUGAGUUGUGCGUACUCUAGGAUGUGCAGCAUUUUGUCCCGUGGUGGAAACCCGAUUUCUGCAAGACUGAAACUGCACUUGAAACAGGUGCAGUAUAAGCUUCUCUUUAAGGCAGCUAUGAACAGAACACUUUUCCACUGAUUACAGAAAAUCAGUGCCAGUUUCAUCGGCGAAAAGUUCCUGUACUGAAGAGUGUAGUAGUUCAAUUCUAGCUAAUAGCAGUACUCUACAGUCCUUAAAUUGUCUGUGGGAUAUAACACCACAUAACACAAGAUUGAAAAUCUACUGAAUGUCACUGUUCCAGCAACAAAAUCACUGAUCAUCAUAAUUUUAGAGAAACAUAUUUAAAAAGUAAAUAGAAAAUGUAGUAAUUUAUAAAAUGAGAGCGUUGCAACUGUGUGACACCUAACUGGAUAAAAUACAGGCAGUCCUAUCUUCUGGACACAUCAGUACACAAGUACACAACUUUGGAAAGUAAAACAUCUCAUCUGUACAAAACAAUAGAUUCUAUAACAUCUUACAAGGAAAUGCACUUUGAAAUAUUGCAGGGUUUUAUGGGAUAGAAUUAAGGUCAAAUUUCUUUUGAUAUUACUAGAACUUAUGGUUGAGUGAGAAGAAAGAAUUGCAUCAUACAGUCCAUUGCUAUUUUCUAUAAGAUGACGAUGACUUAUAUCCCAUCAGUUUAGAAAUUCAGAAAUGGUCAUAUUGAACAGAUGGGUAACAAGCAUUAUGGGGGGUUUCUUGGCUUUGUUUUAGGGACUGGAAGGAAAAGAACACUUUCUGCUAUUUUGUACUGAGAGGGUGCCUUGGAAAAAGUGUAUGCACAUGUCAAUGUGGACUAAAGAAUAAUUUAAGGGUGUGUGUAGUAUAAUGAUACAUUUAAAUAUAUGUGUAUAACACAGACAUCCUUGCACACUUGCAUAAUGAUUUUUGGGGUUCUGGACAGGAAUACUAUAAAAUUGUUUGAAAGAAACCCCUUGCAGCUGUUAGGAAGUUGUGAUAGCUCUUUCAGCAGCAUUCUCUUCUGUACAGGUUGGGACUCUACAAGUCAUCCCCAGUGAAAUCCCAGGCAUCUAAGCUAGUUAGGUUUUUUUAUGGCAUCAAAACUUCACCCAGACUAUGUCAAAAAUUUACCUAGAGUCACAAGUCAUGCUUUUGUUGAACAAGAGAUAUGACUUUAAUGCUUUCAACCACAACUCAGCCAUCAAGUUGGCUUGAUAGACUUUAUUUCUGGUUUCCACAGGGCCUCCAAGUAAAAUUUAUGUAACAAACAUAUAAAAUGAAACAUGAAAAUAAAUUUUUGAACCCACACCUAUGUGGGUGUCCUACACAGAAAUGUGAAAAUGCUUGCUUAUUUAUUGGCAGUAUGGUGUGAAAUGCUUUUUUCCACGUAGAUGGAGUUGGUUGCUUCCAGACUCCUCCUAUGAUCCUUAAUCUGCUUAAAUAUGGUCAAAAGAGUUAAUCUGUCCUUCUAAUACAGUAAAGUGAUCCGAAUCCUUGGGUGGAGGGAAAAUUAGUUGGUUAUUUGUUUGUUUGGUUGGUUGGGUUGAGGUGGUUUUUUUGUUUGUUUGGUUGGUUUGGGGGGGGUUGUUUUUGUUUUGUUUUGUUUUGUUUUUACUCUGGUUGAAAUUCUCUUACAUCUGAGAGCAUCGACACCAGGUUUCUGCUGGUACCCCUGCUCAAACACACACCAGAUGCAGCAGGCUUUUCACUUGCUCAGAGGUGUACUCAAGGCAAAUGCUUUGCUGUAUUUUAAAAAGUGUAUGUGUGUGUGCCUGUAUAUAUGAGUAAGUAUAGAGCUAUCUAGAGUUUGUUAGCGUUGUUAAGAAAUGUUUGCUUAGUGUCAGUUUUAUUCUAAUUCUCCUUUGGAAAUAAAUAGAAAAUAAAAGCAAAGCAAAAAAAAAAAAAAAAAUCCUCUGACAAGAAACAAUAAUAGACAAAUUGUAUCAUUUGUCCAUUAAUGGGGAAGAAUACUAGCAAAAUGUUAAAUUCUGGUUAAAAAAAAAAGUUCUCAUUUAGCUGUUGAUCUUUCUAUUGGAGAAGCACAGCACUUUAUGGUAGGAACAAUUAAACAAACUUGCCUUAAUUAUUAAAAGAUAAAAGUGCAUGUGGGGAUAUACUAUCCAUGCUCUUCUGAAGAUUUCAUCUGUGAGGGCCUAAAACUGUAAGUCCUGAUAGAGAUGCACUCCCUGUUGAUGUUGUUCGGGGAUCUUGCCAAAAAAAGAACAAGCCAGAAAGUACUAUGCAGCACAACUGGACCAUUCAAGAGCCCAGUUUUGCCACCCAUAUGCAGCUAAAAUUGUCUUUGAUUUCAACCAGAUAUGUCCUUGCAGGGUUGGGUCAGACAUGUUAUUCUGAUCCCAUUGACUUGGAAGGUUUCUUCACAUGUAUUAUGAGAAAUCUUGCAUGAGAAAUUAGUUUCAAUCAGCCCAUUAAGGAAAAAUACCUGUCUACACUAUUCAUCCGUAUAAGCAUUUACUAACACAAACUGUCAUGUCAUUCACUGCCAAAACAUUUUUUCACUUCUUCUGCUUAUUAUCCCCCUCCCUAUGUUCAUCAUGUAUACAUCGGAUGCUGUUGUCUUCUGGCAGUAUAAUGUAAUUACUUGAUCCUUUCUUUUCACCCAUACCUGAAAAAUGGUGACUGUGCUGCACACACGGAAUGUCUCAGCUCUGUAAACCCACCUGGCUCCAUUUUUCAGUUUGCACGUGCUGAGACAUCUUUGUUCCGUACUGAUCUAACCUGCCAAAAUGCAAUCCAAACACGAGGUGAUUCCUGGAGUGCAAUUCCUGCAUUGUAUAGUGAGGAGUAAAUUGGAAUCAGACCACAGGAGCGUAGUUUUAGAACUAAUGGGUUAUUUGCAUUAUUUUGCUGUUGGGUACAUUAUCGGUUUUGUAGGUCCUGCCAUUUCAAAACAUUCUUUUAAGUGUACACAUGUAUGUGUAUAUAAAUAUAUAUGCAUGCAUGGUUGAGAGGGAAUGUAUGAUCCUGUAUGCUGGGCUUAAUCUUUCUGUCAUAGUGAUACAAAUCUAGACAGUUUCUACUAACUUCAAAGUAGUACUAAGCCUUUACCCUGAGAUGAGAGUGAGCAGAUAGUCACUAUGUAGUAAUUAUAGGCUGUGUUGCAAAUUAAAUUUAAAGUUGUGGAGCUUAAUUCCACAAAAUUUAAAAAAAUAUAUUUGAAAAAUAUAUUUUAAAAGCAGGGUGCCCUAAAAACACAGUUCCAGUGCUGUUUAUCCUCAAUUUAGCAUAUGAAGCACUAGUUAUUAGCAAUUGAUUAGGCCAUUUGGUGAUUUCAAGAGUUCAAGUAACACCAUUUCAAAGUUCUAAAUUCCUUUUCAGUGAAGUAAAAGCUAAUCGUGUAUGAUGUAUUUGCCAUAUCUCAGUGGUUGCUUCUGUGUUACAUACAGUCAAUGUUGUUCUGAAUUAUAUGUGUUUACCCAAUGAUGAGGUUAAAAUAUUCUGUAUAGUAUGUGUAAUGUAUUGAUUACGAGUAUUUGGAGUUCAGUGGUCUAUUUAGUUUUUUACUGUGCUACUGUUUCGUAGGUAUGUGUAUAAAUGGGAUUAUGGAUUGUCUACAGUGUACAAGGAAAUAAUAAUUAAUCCUAAAGGAAAAGGGCAGUUAUGUGACCUGCCUUAAUGCAUUAUUGUUAAAUCUCCUAAUUAUCAGUUCUAUUUCAGAUGUUACCAAGGGUUGUCCAUAGAGCUGACUCCCUCACUUUCUGGCACGAAGGAGUUAAACUUGGAGUUACUUGGAGCUCACUUACAGAUUUGUAAAUAAAGAAUAGGAAGUUUGCCUGAUAAACUGCCUUGACUGUACAAGGUGGCAAAGGCAUGGUUUCCAGUGUGUUACAGAUCCAAUCGCUUCUGCGCACACACAACUCCUGCCGAUGUCGGCAGGAAUUGUGAUCAUGUAAUUGAGUGGCCUAAAAUUCAUCUUCUGGAAUAUAGUCAUGAUAGGAGGAUGGGGAUAUCCUGGCUUUAAGGAAGUGCCUGGAUGCUAUGCAAUAUUGCUCAUGUCCUGUGUUGGAACAUAGCUUUAAAUUUGCAGGAAGAGCUUCGAACUUUUCUCCAGUGUAGGUUGGACCUAUCAAAAAGAAAGAAAAGGAAAAAAGAAAAAAAACCACCUCCUUAUGUAUAAAUUGUGAAUGCCAAAGGCUGAUCAGCAUGGCCUGGCCUGCCCACAUACAGCAUUCUGUUUUCAGGAAUCAUGGGAGCUUAAAAAAACCCCAACAACAACAACAACCUGUAAUUAUUCCCUCUGCUGGACCUGCUUGGGAAUCUCUACAUUGCCUACAAGUAUGACUCCUGUACUAUUUCCACAGCUAGGUCUAGCUUUCCCUUCAUAGUUUAAGGCACCUGAUGCCAAGAGUAACUAGGAAAGAAGUACUAACUAAACACAGAGUGUCCACCUUGUGCCUGGCUGGUUGGAGUAGGGUGUCUGCACAUGAGCAGCACAGUUGGGAUGAGGUCAGCUUCAGUCAGAUCCACCUGAACAGUGACUGAAGGUAACCACAAGUCUGAUUUCAGAGCCUUUUCAGUUGUCCAGUUAAAAUUCAACAUCUUCCCACUUCUCUCCUUUGCCUCUGCUCAGUGCUGAUAAUCUGACUUCUGCAUGCACCUUCACCUACCAGCUGUGAAUAUUAGAUAUUUGUCAGCUUCAGUAUAUCAUAGCAGUCUACAUGGUAGUAUAAGAUGUUAUUUGUAUGGGGCUAAAUGCUGGUAGUAGGCCUCAUCUGAUGUCCCAGGACGGUUUAUCUCCACACUCCAAGUUACAUACACACGUCACCUUGGCCAUUGAGUAUCUCCUCAGAGGGAGGUGCACUUAGGGAUUUUUGUUUCUGCAGUCCGAUGGCAUGUACUAAUCUCUUCCUUUGGUCCUACAAAGAUCAAUUUGAUUGGAAAAAAUUCCUCAGUUCCUGCAAUUAGUUCUGCUGUGAAGUGUGAAUCCUUAAAGCAGAAUCCUGGAGCUAUAUGUAAUUACUGUUACUGAAAAUAAAAAUACAUGGUUAAAACUACAAUUGUAAAAGGAAAAAGAAAACUUAUGUGGGCUUGCCAGGACAGUUAGGUUUUUGACUGCCUCAGUCAUCAGUAGUUUAGUAUCAUCUAGGUGAUGAUUAUAAGCGUGUUAUUGCCACACUGCCUCCUGAUACUGUUCAGGGUCUCUGUACAGAAGCCUUAUUAUUCCCAGUGAGCAUUAAUGCAUUCGAAUGACUUAUCUCCCUUUUGGUGGGAAGGUUGAUUGUGUAACACUGAGAACAUGGAGCUCCCUGUGUGUUGUGCCCACAAAGGUUCACAGAGCUGCACCUUCUCGUUUUAGGAUCUGUUUAAUGGUACUUUAAUAAAUGUUGUGUUAAAAAAUGCCUACAGUUCUGUAUAGCAAAUGUGAAUUUUUAUGACAAGAAUGUGUAUUUAAAGUUUAAAAAAAAAAAAAAAAAA